AUGGCUGAUUUUAGUGAUCAGCUUUUCGGUUUUCAAGAUUUGUUGUUUGAAAACUUUGAUGGGCGUCUUGAGUUUUCAGGGAACAAUUUCGGUGCUUUGUGGCCUGGAGAUGGCAAGCCAGGGCUAUGGAUCAAUUCAAUAUCAAGGAUGGGGGCAAUUUACUCUUUGAUUGUGAGAGAGGAAGAGAUUUUUAUUGAAGAGAGGAAAAGGGCUGGCGGUGUUGAAGUUGAGAAAGCAAGAGACGAGGAUAUAGACCUUGUGUUGGCACCAGUUUUCGAGAACUGUACUAGAGUUUUGGAUGCAAGAGAGCAGAUAGUGGCAAGAGACUUGUAUUGGGAAGCUGUUUAUGAUACCUCUAAGAGAGGGUUGGACAGAGCUGAGGAGUUGUUGUUGAGUAGCAUUGAGAAGAACCCUUUCGUCGGUGAGCCUCAUGUCGUGUUGGGUCAGUUUUAUUUGACAAAAGGGAGGUUCGAGGAGGCUGAGAGAGAAGCUGAGAAAGGGGUGACACUGUUGUUAGAGUGGGGGAGUCCUUGGGAUAAGAGAAUGUCUUGGGAAGGAUGGAUUGCUUGGGCUAGAGUCUUGCUGAUGAAAGCUAAAGAGAAGUCAUGGCCAGAGACAUCUUGGGGAAUCCUUAAUUUAGGACUAGUGAAGUAA